AUGGACGGCUUCCUCAGGCUGCAGGAGUCGCAUUACGCCUCCCAGGCCAACCCGCUGUGCGACACCGCCCUCAAACAGACGCUCGAGCGCCUGGCCGGCCGAUUCCCGCUGGGCGCCAGGGCAAGGGAUGCCGGCGAUGGGGUCGAUCGGCCAGAGCCGCUGGUGGCCAGGCUGCGGGCGCAGCAGCAGGCACUGGCAAGGCUGGGCAGGAACCUGCCGGUGGGGCAUCGGCUGAUGCGGCGGGUGGCGCGCGGGAGGGAGGUGGACGCGAGGGAAGUGCGCAAGCUGCUUGCCAACGCUGGCGCUGCCAAUGAAUGCACUGGGGUUCUUGAGGCCCGGAAGCUGCAUCACGUAUCCGCCCAUGCCAGGAUGCAGGCCAGGAGGGACGAGGUGGCCACCAUACCAAACGGCGUUCCAGAUGGGGUCAAACUUCACCUGCUGAUCCAGCAAAAGAAGCUCAAACUAUCAGCAUUGCAGCAGAAACUGCGCAAGCAGAUUGCUUCAGAAGCGUGGUUGGACAGGGAAUGCAGGGCGGAUGCAUUGCUGGAGUGGGGACGAUAUCGGAGAGCCAUGCCUGACUCACUACCCAGGAUGGAUGCACCUGCAUAUAGGUUUCCCCCACGAAAGCCUGUGCCACAGCCAUGCAGGCCAGAUGUUCUUAGUAGGGAGACUGACAGGUUGAAACGCCUGGAUGAUGACUACCGUCGGAGCCUGAUUUACCAACAAGUGAAUCGAGUGCGACUUCAGCAGGCCAAGAAGUUGAUCGAAACGGAAAAACGGCAAAGGGAAGAUGAGGAACGGAUCUUCAGGCUUGAGCAGGAGAUGAAAAAUCGUGCUAUACAGCAGAGGAAGGCAUUCAACCAGGAGGUGCUUGCUGGAGGGCGAGAACUAAGAACAGCAGUUGCGAAUGCUGCCAGAAAACGUCUCCAAAGGAACCAGGCAGUGAAGCAAUGGCACAACAAGGAGCUGAAACAAGUUUCACGGUUGGCUGCCGCCCGCCUGAAGGCCUUGAAGGAUAACGACUAUGAAACGUAUCUGAAACUGGCGCAGAGCACCAAGCAAAGACGCCUGCAGGAGCUCAUGAAGAAAACAGAUGACAUCGCUGUUGAGCUAGGGCUGAAGGUUCACGAUCAAAGAAAAGUCAUCGAGGGUGCAGACGAAACUGACCCUGAUGGGAGAUUGGAUGCAGAGAAUUUUGCUAAUUCUAUGAUCACUAAGGAGAAAUCUGGAAGGUUUUUGCAAGGGCAUUUACAAUACUACAGUGUGGUCCAUCAAGUCAAGCCCAACGUGAGGGAGCAACCGUCGAACAUGACUGGGGGCUCGAUAAGGUCGUACCAGCUCGAUGGACUCCGCUUCCUUGUUUCUCUGUACAGCAACAAGAUGAACGGGAUCCUUGCGGAUGAGAUGGGCCUUGGAAAGACAAUCCAAGCCAUUGCCUUGCUUGCUUUCUUAAUGGAGAAUGGGGACAGCAAGGGACCACAUUUGGUAGUAGCCCCAAAGGCUGUGCUGCUAAAUUGGGUGCGGGAGUUUGAGAAAUGGACACCAUCCAUAAAUGUCAUAAUGUAUGAUGGGGCGCCUGAAGAGCGGAAGCUGAUGAGGGCAGACAUAGUGAAGGGUUCCUUCAAUGUUCUGGUGACACAUUAUGACAUCGUCAUCAGGGACAAAAAUGUCUUCAAAAAGACUCAAUGGGAGUACCUAAUUGUGGAUGAGGGUCAUCGCCUGAAGAACCACGAAAGCAAACUCUUUGAGAUUCUUCGAGAGAAUCGUUCGAAGUAUCGACUACUGCUCACUGGAACACCUAUUCAAAACUCCCUGAAUGAGCUGUGGUCCCUUCUGAAUUUCUUGUUGCCAAAGGUCUUCAAUUCUUCUGACACAUUUGAUGACUGGUUUGCCGCUCCAUUCAAGGGUCCAGGGGAAGAUGUGUCCUCUCAGCUUUUGGAAGAAGAGCAGCUGCUGGUCAUCAACAGCCUUCACCUGGCCAUUUGUCCCUUCCUGCUUCGGCGAACGAAGAGUGAGGUUGAGAAAGAGCUGCCAAACAAGACGGAGCAGAUUAUCAAAUGCGACAUGUCUGCUUGGCAGAAAGCAUUCUACAAGUCCAUCUCAGAGGAGGCCACUGUGAAGAGGGAUGGAAAGAUACAGCAUUUGAAUAACACGUCAAUGCACUUGAGGAAGGCAUGCAUCCACCCAUACCUCUUUCUGGAACACCAUAUGUACCAACCAAAUGAUCCAGAGGAGGUCAUCCGUGCAUCGGGGAAACUGGAGCUUUUGGACAGGAUAUUGCCAAAGCUUGAGGCGACAGGGCACAGAGUGCUCCUGUUCUCUCAGAUGGUCAAGGCUCUGAACCUCAUUGAGGAGUUUUUAACGUACAGGAACUACAAGUAUUUGCGGCUUGAUGGUGCCACAAAGACUGACGACCGCACGCAGCUGCUUGAUGCCUUCAACGAGGAGAACUCCCCUUACUUUGUAUUCGUGCUCUCCACUCGUGCGGGUGGACUAGGGCUAAACCUCCAAACGGCAGACACAGUGAUCAUGUUCGACAGUGACUGGAACCCUGCGAUGGACCUCCAAGCCGAAGACCGUGCACAUCGGAUAGGCCAAAAACGUGAAGUACUGGUUCUCAUUCUUGUCAGUGCCGGCACCAUCGAGGAGGUGAUCCUGGACAGGGCCAGCCAGAAGAGGAGCAUUGAUGCCAAGGUCAUCACGGCUGGGAAGUUCAAUGAGCAAAGCACGCACAUGGACAGGCAGAAGGCCUUGAAGGAGGUGCUGACUCAAGGUAUUGACGUGAUCGGUGGCCACGUACACACACCUCGGGAAAUCAACGAGCUCAUCAGCCGCAACAAGGAAGAGAUUGUUCUCUUUGAAGAAAUGGAUGAGGAGUACUUGAGGAACCAUGGCCCGCGGCGUGGCCUUCUCACCGAGGAGGAAAUUCCAAGUGGUGUGCUUGAGGACAACGAACCAAAGGAGGAUGCGGAGAGCCCACCGGAUGGUGGGGAGAAGCAAGGAAGGAGGACACGGCGAAAGCGGGCUGUCUCCUAUAUGGAGGACCCCUUGGAUUCAGAGCUGAGCUUGACAGAGGGCGAAGCUCCUCAGCCGCCGCCGCGGCGAAAAAGACGCAAGGUUUCUGAUCCUCCCCUUGACCAAGAUGUGGAUGCCAAGGAACAAUCGGACCAGCCGGAAGCGUCCGGAAGGAGGCGGAGCGAGGACGGUGAGCCUGGCAGUGGCACAGGGGGCCGGAGGGGGAGAAAGAAGAGGACAAGGAGGAAAGGCGCGCAGACAGAACAUGAGGGCCCGGCAGAGGAAGGGGAACAGCCUGAGAAGCGGAGAACACGUCUUCAGAAAAGAUCGUCAAAGAGGCGGAGAUGA